AUGCUGGUGCUCGGUGUCAGCGGCGGUGCGCUGGUCGUGUAUCUGGAGCUUUUGCCAGGGCAGCGCGCCGGCAGCCCGGCGGCCAUCCCCGGAGCCGCAGCCCCUGCCGGCACUCCUGCCCGGUCGGCGGAGGCGCUGGCCGGGCCCCCCGGCCCGGGCUUGCCCCAGGCCCCGGGGCUGGCCCCGCCCCCGGCCAUGGGCGCCUCCCCGGCCGGCGGCCCUGCCACCAGCCAGCCGGCCUGGAAUGACCCCCUGGCGCCGAUCACCUACUGGCCGGCGCAUGCGUCGGCCCUGCCGGCCGACACGUGUGCCUGCCGGCCGGACAGCCCGCACUGCGAGCAUCCGGUCCCCGGGGGCGGCUGCCACCGGGCCAACAUGCUCCUGAGCAUUGGCCAUCCCCACCGGGCCGAGGGCCGGGUGGCGGUCAUCUCCGGCCUGCGGGAAAUCGACAUCGAGCUGGAUGCCCUGAUCGAGCUGAUCCUCUUCGAGUAUGUCGAGGGCUGGUGGGGGUCCAUCAGCGCGGACCUGGAGUUCGGCAUCGAAAUCCGGACGCUGGUGGUGCGGCUCCUGCGCGGGCUGUGCCAACGCCUGGAGCGCCUGGACCUGUCGUCCCUGAUCCAGGAUCUGUCGGUGACCGUGACGCAGCAUGUGUCGCACUUCCGGGCGGCCUGCGGCCGGGCCGGCGUCUUCCGCGCGGCCGCCGCCCAGGGGUUCUCCCCGGCGGCGGUCCCCCGGCCGGCGGGCCCCGGGUCCGGCGGUCCCGCCACCGGGGCCCCGGACGCCUGGCCGCCCAUGGGCACCUCCUGGGCCGGGGGCCGCGACGCGCGCAGCGUCCUGGCCGCCGGGUCCGACGAUGCGCCCGCCCUGCCCAGUGUGCCGCAAACCGUCUUCGACCACUUUACCCACGGGCACAAGUCGCCCUUCGGGCACUCGGAUGCCGGCGGCGAGCACAUGCACUUCGCCAUGCACGACGCCCAGGCCAGCGAGGAGGAGUACAUUCGCCAGCUGUGCCACUGGCUGGUGUUCCACCUGCUGUCCAGCUCCUCCAUGAACCCGGACUUCCGCCGGGUCCUGGUGGAGGACCUGGCCCAUGGGGCCGGGGCCUCGGGGCUCGGUGCCGCCGGUGGCCCGGGCGCCGGCGACACCGGCCCCGGCCGGGGGGCCCCCGGGCCGGGCCCGGGCCCGGGCCCGGGCCCGGCCGACUCCCCCCAUGACGAGCCCCGGCGCCAGGCCGACCCGGGCUUCGACCUGGUGGUGCUUCUGAUGCGCGAGGUGCUGGCCUCGCGCAUUGUCACCCCCCUGCUGCACAAGCUCAGCCAGCCGGAAAUGCUGAUGGAGCUCUUUGUCACCGGGCUCAUCGCCAGUGUCCCUGGCAGUGACUUUGCCCGGCCCUUCAUCCGGCCCGAGCGCACCGAGGGCCGGACCCCGACCGACACCCCGGUCGAGGGGUCCCCCCUGGCCAUCCUCCUCCAGUGCUGGCGCGACCAGGAGGCCCGGACCCUCCGGGCCCGGUCGGCCGCCAUGGCCGAGCGCAAGCAAAAGUCCACCUUCUCCCUGCUGCCGGCCGGGUCGCUGAGCAUCUCCUCCCUGGUGGACCACUACACCGGCCUGCUGGCCCGGGUGGCCCCCUUCUUCCGCCGGCCUGGCAGCGGCGGUGCCGCCGGCCCCGAGCCCGGGCCCGGGCCCGCGGCCACCCCCGGCCGGGUGGACGACCCGGCCGACCCGGAUGCCCCGGCGGUGGCCGGCGAGUUUGCCACCCUCGUCAAUCUGGCCGAUUCGAUCCUCGGCCUGUCGCACUCGGGCCGGCACUCCUGGAUGCUGUGGCUCUUCCACCUGGUGGUCCGGCCGACGUUGGACGUCUUCGGGCUGAACACCCUCGUCCGCCGGGGGCUGACCACCUUCGCCCGGGGCUGGCUGCUGACCGAGUCCCGCCUGGCCUACUAUACGUGGCUGCUGCGUGACACCCUGUGGACCCCGGCCGGGCGCUGGCGCGGCUCCGACCCGGUCGACUACUCGUACCUCCCGCCGGAUGACGGGGAAUUCCGCCACCUGCCGGAGGAGGACGCCCUCCGCCACCGGGUCACCCGGUUCUGGCACCGGCGCCUGUCCGAGGAGCUGGACAAUCUGCUGGAGCCCCUCGCCAAGGUCCUGGAUGCCGAGGCGGCGGCGGAAACGCGCGACCUCAUCCUGGCGGUCAUUUCCCACCCCCGGCGCAACCGGAACAUCCUGUUCCUCCUGCUGGAUGUCAUCCUCGGGCAUGUGUUCCCCGAGCUGGAGUCCACGAGCCCGUACGCGCGCCCGGCCGCCGGGCCCGGCCUCGAGGGUCACCCCGCGCCCGGCGGCGAUUUGGCCGACUCCCAUGACCCGGUCGACAGCCACCACCUGGCACAGUCGCUCCUCCGGUCGGACUCCGCCUCCUAUGCCUUCAGCCAGCCCUUCCCGUACCUGGAGAACAUCCCGCGGACGGUGUUCCGCCGGCGACCCGGGCCACCGGCCGGCCCGCCGGACCCCAUUGCCCUCGGGGCCGGAGCCGCGGUGGCCGAGCUCUCGGCCGGCCUGACCGCCGCCGCCGCCGCCGCCGCCGUGACUCCCGGCGAUCCUGCCCCGGGGCAUGGCGGCGUUCGGCGCUCCGCCGAGGGAGACUCGCCUGACACAUCGGACCCGAGCCUGGUGCUCACCGCCUCGGCCGUUGCCCCGCACGCCCAGUCUUCCACCUCCCUGCACCACCGCCACUCCCAGCAGUCACGAGCCUGA